GUUCUUCUCAAUUGGGUAGCAUUUGAAAGGCCAAUUUCUGUAGACUGAGCACCUAGAUAGAGGAAGAAAGAGAUAUCUAAGGAGAAAGUAAAUUUUUGAGAAUAUUUGCCGUAUACUAAAGAAGUAAUUGAUUAGUUAUGUAAUAGAGAACAUAAGAAAUAAGACAUUAAUUAAUUAAAGAGUAAUAUAGUUAUAGUUAAUUGUCAACUGUAUUGUCGGAAGAGAGAAACAGAACAGAUUCUUUCCAAUAAGAAAUAUGGGUUUUACCAAAAAUAAAGAAGAACAGUCGUUAAUUCAGAUGAACAAGCCUGUUAUUUACAAAAGAAGAUGGUAUAUACUAUUUAUAUUUUGUAAUUUGACAUUAGCCGUUGGUUCACUAUGGAAUAUUUGGGGUCCUAUAGCCAAUUCGGCUGAAAGAGCAUUUAAUUGGUCUAAUGCUACAAUAGCUACGUUAAGUAACUAUGGGCCUAUAGUUUUUGUCGCUACCUCGUUCUUCUUCUCCUGGAUAAUGGAUAACAAAGGAUUGAGAUGGGCUGUGCUAUUGACCUCUCUCUUUUGUGUAAUUGGUUCUCUUCUUAGAUGUAUUACUUGCGAACAACCACAUGUUACUUGGUUAAAUCACGUAGGGCAAGUUUUCAUCUCCCUAGCUCUACCUGUCGUCUUCGCGGCACCCCCUUUGCUAUCAAUUACGUGGUUUCCAGUUGAGGAGCGUAUCUUAGCAACAGCAAUAGCUUCUCACUUCUCGGUAUUCGAUAUAUCAUUUAUCACUGGACCGUCUAUAGUACCAGAAAUUCCGUUAAAUCAAACGAAUAAUUCAACAGACUUUAUCAAAACAAUUAAAGAUCGUAUCAUGUUACUCAAUUAUAUAAGUUCAAUCUGGGUUGGAGUUAUAUUUAUACUUGUCCUCGUCUACUUUCCGGCCAAACCAAAAUCGGCUCCGAGCUUAGCAGCCGUUGUUGAACGAAAAUCAUUCAGAGAGGGCGUAUUUCAAUUAUUUAGAUUACCUUAUUUCUGGAUAUUAGCGAUACCUUACGCAAUCUCAUCAGGUGUAUUUAAUAUAUGGAGCUCUGUUCUUGAAAUUAAUUUAAAACCUUUGGGUAUAACGCAAAUCCAAGCUGGUUGGAUAGCCUUCUUGGGAACAGUUGUCUCUAGUAUUUUUGGUAUUAUUAUUGGAAAAUUUGCGGAUCGUUUUACAAAACGCUUAAAAAUGUUUUUGGUCAUUCUUUAUGUUUUGGCGACGGCAAUGUCACUAUGGUUUACUCUUAUUGUAGAGGAGUUGAUACCGAUGAAUAUGCCAUCCUUAUACGUUUCAGUGAUGCUUACAACAAGUUUUAUUAAUGGAGCAGUUCCUCUAUUCUUUGAGGCGCUCUGCGAAAUAACGCAUCCAAUAGCAGAAGGCAUUACUACAGUUCUUUUAACUCAAUGUUACUACAUCAGCCAAUUGUUAUUCCUGCUAGUUCUAAGUAUUAAUGGAGUUGGUACGAAAUGGAUGAGUUGGACUCAACUUGCAAGUAUAGUGAUAUGUCUACCAUUUUUAAUGGUGUUCAAAGAAAAGUACGGCCGUUUGAAUGUUGAUAGUAUGGAAAUUUCUUUACAGAAUAUCAAACAAUAGUGUAUUUUUCAUUUCUAUUCUUAUUAUUCUCCCUCUCUCUCUCUCCCUCUCUCCUUCACUUUGAUCUUCACCUUCAUCUGAACUAUUUUUUUUCCCUGUUAACAUCUGUUUAUAUUUGCUAUAAUUACGACUUAAGAGAAAAAAGAAUGUAUCAUUCAUUCUCACUUUUUCUUUUAUUCUCUCCUUUCUUUCUCUAAUCUCACUCGACCCUCUUUUCUAGUUAUCUAUCUAUCUAGCUAUUUAUCUCUCCUGUCUACAAGUUUACACUAUGAAGAAGAAGACGGAGGAUGAGGAGGAGAAGGAGGAAAAGAUAAUAUUUUUACAAUUUUCUUCUAAGCAAACAAGCAAACAUAAUAGGUCUUAAACUCCCGAAAUUUUAUCUCUGAAAUCUCUUGAUAACAGGAGGAGAUGGGACAUGAAGAAAUUGGAAAAAACAACUUAAUAGAGUGACAAAUUUAAUACAAAGUAUAUAUAUAUACUGUAUAUACAUAUAAAUUUAUAAACAUAUAUAUAUAUAUAUAUAUAUAUAUAUAUAUAUAAAUGUAUAUGUGGGAGAAAGAAGAAAAAAAUAUCUGUUUCUUAUAAGCCUACUAGGUCAUCCCAGGGAACUCUAAGAAGAUUAUAUUCUAAAUCAUAUAGGGGAAGGUUAAAAUAGAUAAUAUGUAAUGAUCUGAUUAAUGAAAAUUUUGAAAGAAGAGAUGAAAAUGUAAAUUCCUUAGACUUGUUAACAAUAAAAAAUUUUCAAUAUAGAAAAUAAGAAAGCGAUAAAAGCGAUAGUAUAAUAUUGAUUAGAGAACAGGACAAUGCUUUAAAUAUAUUGAAUUGUUGAAGAAAAGAAAUAAAAAACACGUAGUAUAACUGGUUAUAGGCAAUGGAUGUAGGCCAAAAGUAUAUAAACUCUUUUAUGCCGUUCUAGCUUACUUCGCUAUAACAAUGCUAUAUGCAGAUUCAUAUAUAUAUAAUUGUGCAUUAUGCAACUAAAUUUGAAUAGUGUAACUAUAAUAGACA